AUGGUAAGAAGAAAUCAAACUACUACAGUGAUAGAAUUUCUCUUCUCUGGAUUCCCUCAGUUUGAAGAUGGUAGUCUCUUCUUCUUCAUUCCUUUGUUUGUCAUCUACAUAUUCAUUGUCAUUGGGAAUCUCAUUGUGUUUUUUGCAGUCAGGAUGGAUAAUCGUCUCCACAAUCCCAUGUAUAAUUUCAUCAGCAUUUUCUCAUUUUUGGAGAUCUGGUACACCACAGCCACCAUCCCAAAGAUGCUCUCAAAUCUCAUUAGUGAGCAAAGGACUAUCUCUGUUAUCGGCUGCCUCUUGCAAAUGUACUUUUUCCAUUCUCUUGGAAAUUCAGAAGGGAUUUUGUUGACCACCAUGGCUCUAGAUAGAUACAUUGCCAUCUGUAAGCCUCUCCACUACCCGACCAUCAUGACCCCUCGGCUCUGUGCUCAGCUCUCUGCAGGCUCUUGUAUUUUUGGCUUUAUUGUGUUGCUCCCAGAGAUUGUAUGGAUUUCCACACUGCCCUUCUGUGGCCCCAACCAAAUCCAUCAGAUCUUCUGUGACUUUGAACCUGUGCUGCGGUUGGCCUGUACAGACACUUCCAUGAUUCUAGUAGAGGAUGUGAUCCAUGCUAUUGCCAUCAUCUUCUCAGUCCUCAUUAUUGCUCUCUCUUAUAUCAGAAUCAUCACUGUGAUCCUGAGGAUUCCCUCCAUUGAGGGUCGGCAAAAGGCCUUUUCCACCUGUGCAGCCCAUCUUGGUGUCUUCCUGAUGUUUUAUGGCAGUGUGUCGCUCAUGUACCUGCGUUUCUCUGCCAGUUUCCCACCAAUUUUAGAUACAGCAAUUGCACUAAUGUUUGCAGUCCUUGCUCCUUUUUUCAACCCUAUCAUUUAUAGCUUGAGAAACAAAGACAUGAAAAUUGCAAUCAGGAAGCUUCUCUGGCCUCAAAAAGUGUUUGGUGCAUCUGCAAGCUAA